AUGCGCAUUCCACUUCUCUCCGCCCUCCUCCUCUCCCUCACCACCCUCGCCCUCUCCGCCGACCUCGGCAUCGAGAAAACCCACGAGGUCGAAUGCAACCGCAAGACCGCAAAGGGCGAUACAGUCCACAUGCACUACCGGGGCACGCUCGCGGCGGAUGGCUCCGAGUUCGACUCGAGCUAUGGUCGCAACCAGCCGUUGAAGUUUAAGCUUGGUGCGGGGCGGGUCAUUAAGGGGUGGGAUGAAGGGCUUUUGGAAAUGUGUGUUGGGGAGAAGCGGACGCUGACGAUCCCGCCUGAGUAUGGGUAUGGCGAGCGCGGGAUUGGGCCCAUUCCCGGGGGUGCGACGUUGAUUUUCGAGACGGAGCUGGUGAAGAUUGAAGGGGUUGAUAAUGAUGAGUUGUAG